AUGACGGGUGUAAGAUUAUUGGCAAUUAUAACGACAUUGUCUUGUGUAUUCUUAGUUUCAACUAGUUUCUUAAAUCUUGGUCGAGGAAUAAACGGAGGAACAAAUUGUGCAGGUUGUACUCUUGUAGUGGGAUUAUUAGAACAGUUAGCCGAUGUUCAUAAUGAAACCAUUGUCAAAGCUUUAGAAAGAGUAUGUUUAAUGCUUCCAGCUAAACUACAAACACCUUGUGAUGUUUUCUCCGAAUUUAUCGGUCCCAUAAUACUAGAAUUAAUAACCCAAGAUUCGUCACCAGAUAACGCCUGUCGUACAUUAAGAUUUUGUAACGAUGACGGAGGACGACAAUGUGUCUUGUUUAAACGUACUCAGAAGGGAUAUUCCAAGCCACAUUCAACAAUUUCUAAAUUUCUGAAGAAAUACCCAUAUUUUGUAAGUAUUUUACAUGAAAUCAGCCAAACAGGAGAUCCAAAGAUAUGUGAACUCCCUGGAAUUAAAGAUAUUUGUCUUUGGCUUGAUGAUGUAUUUAAUAGAUAUGAUCCUGCCGUAGAUUUAGAUAGUGAUGGAUUCAGCAUCGCUGAGACUUUGAGAGGAACUUCAUGGCGUGGUCGAGAUUGUGAUGAUAGUAAUCAUUCAAGACAUCCCGGAGCAAGAGCCAUCGAUUCAGAUACUUCAUAUGAUUCUAAUUGUAAUGGCAUAUAUGGAAAGGAUCCAACAACUGGAAAGGCUUAUGAAGAUGAAUUUUGUGGUCAAUCUCAACCUAAAGGUAUUGCUGUCCUGGGUGAUUCAGUUUCAGCACAUUUUCACCUUCCUGAAGAAUGGUUUGAUUCACAGAAGCUAUCAGAGGAUGUGUUUAAAGAUAUUGUAUUCAUUUUGGAAAAUGAGAUUGAUUGGCCAGAACUUUCUACAGCGACAGGUCACGUAAACAAUUCCUGGCCUAACAUUGUACACGGUAAAAUGGAUUCGAUAUAUCAAAGAUUAUAUGAAAGGAAUCGAUGUAAUUAUGGUGAUUAUCAAAAUAUUGCAGUCAAUGUAUUCGAUAUUUGGAAAAAACAAGGGGGAAGUGGUUGGCAGUUGAUAGAACCAGUUGAUGGUUUUCAUACUAACCAGGUUGCUCAAGCUUUAACAGCUCAAGUUUUAUGGGACAACAUGUUGAAGAACCAUGCUGAUUUUCUCGGACCUGUUAAUCCUUUUAAUGACAAGAUUACCCAGAUAUUUGGAAAUCAAACUAGAUUAUCCAGUAACUAUUUUUGA